AUGGGUGUCUCCUUUUGCUUCACAACAGGAUCGGUUGAUACGAAAGGUGAAGCAGGGGACACUCGGAAAGAGAUGGCUCAAAACGGAAGAGUUAUACCAAAUUGUGUUUAUGCUCCAAAUCCCUACCAUGAAUGCACCGAGGCUUGCUUGCAGAGGAUCAAGGAAACCAAGCCUGGCAAGUCAUCUAAAAAUAAAAAGAGUUCUGAUUAUCGAAGAAGUUCUACAGAUGGUGAACUUGGCAAAAAGAUGAACGAAGAAAAACGCAGGCCUGCAGGUUGCCCCAAAGUUUCUAAUCCGUACCAUGUCUGUGAUAACAAUUGCCACAAAAGAAUCUCGGGGGUUGAUUCAGGUGCCAUGUCAUUAAACUUUGACAGGAAAAAGAAGGUUGGUUCUAAGCCAGAACUACCCGUUCUUGACAGUGUUCCGCCCUCAAAAAUUGGUGCUAUUUAUCUCUCUGAUGCUUCGUCGCCAUUAUCAAAUUAUUCUGAACAUACAAAGGAGGAACCAAAAAGCAAUGAGCUGAUACCGGUGUCGGGAGAAAUACAUGUCCUGGAUGUCAUGGCUACCAAUAACAAGGUCCAAUCAAAGCAGAACGGGGACAAAAAUGCUUCACCGAAAGUUGUUCCAAUCACCUCUGUUGAUGACACAGGAGGUCUUACUAAACCAGAUGGUGGGUCCAUGAAAUUUUGCUUCUCUGGUGACAAUGAAGACAGUGAUGGCGAGACCGAAUCAGUGGUUUCGGAGGCAAGGGUUCCGGUUGGAAAAUACCAUGUGAAAGAAAGCUUUGCUCCCAUCCUGAGAUCCAUCUUUGAAAAGUAUGGGGACAUCGGAGCAAGCUGCCACUUGGAAUCAGUUGUCAUGCGGUCAUAUUAUGUUGAAUGUGUGUGCUUUGUGGUCCAAGAGCUACAAUCUACCCCAAUAAUACAAUUGACAAAGUCCAAAAUCAAGGAACUGUUGGCCAUUAUCAAGGAUGUAGAAUCUGCUCAGCUUCGUGUGGCCUGGUUGCGCAGCAUAGUUGAUGAAAUUGCUGAAAGCAUUGAACUCAUCGAUGAGCAUCACAUAGCGGAAAUGGCAAAGGCUAACUCUGAACGUGAAGUGGAAACACUGAACAAAGAGCUAGAAUCAAACCUGCAAAGCUUGGCUCAGAAAGAACAAGAGGUAACUGAUAUCAAAACAAGAAUUGGAGAGAUCAGAGAGCGGUUAAGCGAGCUUGAGCUCAGGUCAUCUGAUUUGGACAAGAACAUCUUGUCACUCAAGUCCAAGGUUGAUAAUUUAGGUAGCAAAUCCUUGCUAGAUGAACUAGUGUAA